GAUGUCCCCAUCGACGUCGAGACGGUGACGCCCACGCCCGUGCCGCUCUACGACAACCAGAAGGCGCGCAGCGUGAUGAACGAGUGCGAGCGCCACGUGAUGUUCGCCCGCACCGACGCCGAUGCCCCGCCGCCGCCGGACGACUGGGAGGAGCACGUCAACAGGACGGGUUGGACGAUGGCCCAGAACAAGCUCUUCAAUAAAAUUCACAAAGCGCUGCAGUCUGACCGCCUGGCUCGCUUGGCUAACGAAGGGGCUUGCAACGAGCCGGUCCUGAGGAGGAUAGCGGUGGACAAAUGUGCUCGGAGGGUCCGCCAAGCUCUGGCUAGUGUGAACUGGGACACCAAACUGAUCCAGUGGCUCCACACAACAUUAGUGGAAACCCUUAGUUUGCCAGUGCUGGCUGCUUACUUGGAUGCUCUGCAAACGCUUAAAGGAAAGAUCCCCACCCUGAUCGACAGGAUGCUGCUCUCCUCUACCGCGAAGACGGGGGCAGCGGGUGCCGAGGCUCUGUCCCUGCUGCUGAAGAGGCCGUGGGACCCAGCGGUGGGCGUCUUGUCACAUAAUAAACCGAGCAAAUUGCCUGGUUCCCCCCUCAUCCUGAUCGCUUCCUCUGGACCCUCCAACUCCAUGUUCCCCACUUCUCGACGGCACCGAUUUUGGCAGUCGCAGCUUUCCUGCUUGGGAAAGGUGAUUCCCAUCGCCACCCAGCUCCUGAACAACGGCGGCGGGGUGGGAGUGCUGCAGUGUCUGGAGCACAUGAUCGGGGCGGUGAGGGGCAAAGUGGCGGAGAUUCACAACCACUUCUCUCACAAGCCGAUCAUCCUGAUCGGGUGGAACACGGGUGCCUUGGUGGCCUGUCACGUUUCAGUGAUGGAGUACGUCACUGCGGUUGUGUGCCUUGGAUUCCCACUUCUCACCGUUGAUGGCCCCAGAGGGGAUGUUGAUGACCCCCUCCUGGAGAUGAAGACCCCUGUCCUCUUUGUCAUCGGUCAGAAUUCCCUGCAGUGCAACGUCGAAGCGAUGGAAGAUUUCCGGGAGAAAAUACGAGCCGAUAACAGCAUGGUGGUGGUGGGAGGAGCAGAUGACAAUCUCAGGAUAAGCAAAGCCAAAAAGAAGUUGGAAGGCCUGACCCAGAGUAUGGUGGACAGGUGCAUCCAGGACGAAAUAGCUGACUUCCUGACUGGAGUCCUCACCCGAGCGGAGAGCCACUCCGGCUCCGAUCCCCGGGACCUGGAUGCUGAGAAGAAGAAGAAGCCACGGGACUCAACCAGGAGGGAUCUGUCCUUUGACUUGCCGGAAAGAACGAGCAGGCCUGCCUCGCCGGCGGCCAAAGUGCCCGCCUCGCCUUCGGGCUCGGAGGACUUGUCCAGCGUCUCCAGCAGCCCCACUUCGAGCCCCAAGACUAAAAUGGCUGCUGUGUCCUCCAUCCAGAAGCCCAGCCAGAUGGGCACCACGCAGCUCCUGAAGAGGCAGGUGCAGAGGACGGACGCUGUCCUGACGCACAAACAGGCACAAGCUCAGUUCGCUGCUUUUCUGAAACAAAACAUGCUGGUGAGGAAAGCUCUUCCUCCUGGCACCUCUUCAUGUCUCUUUGUUCCAGUCUCCUCGGAGCACUCGGAAGGGGCUGAAAAAGAUGAUGUGCGUGUGCAGCUGAAGAGGCAUCAGACCCCCAGCCCGACCCAGUGCCCCAAACCCUCCAAACGAGCCAAAAUCAAGGUGACCAUUGUCUCUCACGGAGAUGCUGCUGGCGUGGGGACCGGAGCACCCCUCACCACCCAGGCAGAAAUUGUCGCGGGGAAGCCGGUCCCCGUGGCUGUUGGCCAGUCCGUGGCGGGCGCGAAGGAGCUGUCGGGACUGCUCACCGCCCCCAAGCUGAGCUCAGCAGCAGAAACCUCCUCCACGAGUCCUGCUCCGUCUGCCGUGAUCCCCAGCAGCACGGCGCCCAGCGCUUUCCAUGCCCUGCAGAGCAGGCUGGUGGCCAGCAGCACCCACUGCAUGCAGGGCUCGUCAGCCAGCACCCUCCAAGGAACAGCAUCUGCCAGCAGCCUGCUGCAAGGACUGAGCUUCAGCCUGCAGGACAUGGGGGCCAAGUCAUCAGCCCUUCCUUCCAGCGUGACUGCUGCUGGGCCGCCCGCGCAGACCUCAGCUGUGAAAACGCCCACACCUAUCCAGAACCUGAGUGCCAUCACCACGGGCACUGGCACGAUUGUCCGUACCAUCCCGGUUGCCACCUCUUUGUCUCUGGGAGCCUCAGCGAGCGGGAAGCCCACGGCCAUUCACCAGCUGCUGACGAACGGGGGCCUGGCGAAGCUGGCCAGCAGUCUCCCUGGCUUGGCUCAGAUCUCCAACCAGGCAGCAGGCUUGAAGGCGCCGACGACCAUCACCGUGACGCUGCGCGGGCAGCCCAGCCGCGUCACCACGCUUAGCCAGGCUGCCAUGGGCACUGUCCAGCCCCAGCUGGAGGAGCAGCCGAUGCAGACGCAGGCACCUCAGAGGGACUCGUACGUCUUCGUCAAGCAAGAGGGAAUCUCUCCCGACGGCGUGUGCUGUCCCAGUUUUAGCUGGGCUUUCACUGGUUCCGCUG